CAUGAGACGUGGUGGAUGUUACUCUUCAACCUCAUCAUUUCGUGACAAAAAUUACGUAUUCAUAUAGAAAUAGCUACCGAAUAAGCGCCCAUCUAACAGUUAGUGUUAAAAGAGACCAUGUGAAGGGAAAGGAAAGAUGAUUAAUAGAAUAACAAACCCAUAAGAUGAGGAAGAAAUAACGUGUUGAGGAAAGAUGAAUUAACAGUAGUGAGAUGGGGGAGAGUGUUUUGCUGCACCAGCGCUGCUUGGCCAUCAAGCUAGUGAGGGAACACCCUCCACCCACACGACCACACCACACCCACCACGCCUGCACUCCCUCACGACCACCCCACACCUGCACUCCCACACGCCCGACCUCGGUUCACGAUGUCAGGAACGCGACGGAGCCCAGACCAGGAGGCAUUACCACGCCCACUUCAUCCUCCACCGGCAGCGACACGCCCACCAACGGCCCGUCACCCGCCUCCUUACCCACCUCGAACCUGGCCACGCCCUCAGCCACCAACCACAUCACCAAUUACCAAGAUGGCUACCUCCUCUUUCUGGCAUGGCAGACAGCUAACUCCGUGUGUGUGUGGGAUAAGGAGUUGUUGAUGGCAGUACAGGAGGCAGAAUUCGUGGGUCACUUGGUAGGUGACGUAUUGCUGGUGGGCGGGAGUUCGAGCGUGUUGGUCACUCUAACACACGCCUGGUCUAGGGCUCUUCUCGCCGCCCCAACGGGUUUCACCAUAACUAUGCUGGGUGAGAUAUCUGGGUGCAGUGUGGUCAAGGUGCCACAGGGACAGUUUACACCAUUAGCUGAUGCCCUGUGCUGGGUGAUAUACCGACUUACAAAGGAUGGAGGGCGAGCUGAAGCAGAGACCGUCCAAGCUUCCCUUACCACUACCUUCCCGAGUCUUAACGCUCCAGACCCUGCUCACGUCCACACCGUUCUGUCCAACCUGAUCCGUCAGUGUAAGGUGUACUACACGGGCCACAGCUACGGCAUAGUUCACCCCGACACGUACCAGCUCACGUCGGUGCCGGAGAAGUCCCCCGAUACGUCAUUUGCUCUGUCCCUCGCCACGCCGUCCACCCGUCAUCCUCUGGCAUGUCUUGAUAGCGCCAACCACAUGUGCAUCGGCGGCAUGAGUCACUCUGCGGCCCAGACUGACUUGGCUGAACUUAUCACUGGUUCUGCACAGCCCAGUGAUAAAGUUAUUAUUCCAACACCAACCCCACCUGGGUCUUGGAGUGGAGGGUCGGCUGUGUUGGAGCGUCAGGCGUCACUACGGGUGUUGUCCAGUCACCGCACUCACAACCGCACGUCGUCCCUCAGGCUUUCCCCAACCAAGGCUGCACUGUUGGCCACUGCCUUUGGUAACUCGUCAUCGGGCGUCUCCUCGUACGCCUGCAACACCUACCAGGCACAUGAUAUGUCUGACAUCACAGUGAAAGCAGGUGAACGAGGAUCAGUACUGAGCAAAUUACUGCGUGUGUCCCCUCGCCGGCGCCUGGGAUCAUUCUCUGCCCAGUUUCCCCCGCCAGAGUGGGGUGACGACACCGCCCCAGCCGUCCACGUGCACUGUGUUGCCGUCCAGACAUUAUCCCAACGCAGGCAGGAGGACAAGGAGUCGUGGUGGUGCUCUACGUCUCAGUGGACGCCACGGUCUGCUACUCUACCACGGCGACUUAGACGACCCCAAUCUGCCACGCCCCCUCCAUCACAGAGAUCAGACUCGUCUUCUCCGGCUCAUCUGCAUUCAUCGUGUGUUCAGAUUCAAGGUUCACUCUCUCCCUAUCAUUCUUACGUUCAUUCUCAGGCAUCACCAUUGUAUUAUACCCAGAUGUCUGCUAAGGAAGGUUUGGACAGACUUGUGCUUGAGUCCUCACCCCUACAUCGUUGUGGGGAACCUGUCAUAAGCUGCAGAAAUCACAGACAUCGAUCACCAGUACGCCAAAAUUAUGAAAAUCACAAACACCGAUCACCAGUUCACCAAAAUUAUGAAAAUCACAAACACCGAUCACCCGUUCACCAAAAUAUUGAAAAUCACAAACACCGAUCACCGGUUCACCAAAAUUACGAAAAGAAGAAAAAUCACAGUGAUCAGCUAAUAGAAUCCUCACCCAGCCGGCAAACCCUAGACAACCGGGAGACGACGAAGAAACAAACCCUGGAACACCCGACUCACCACGCAGAAUCCCGGACGAGUGCGAACAAACUCCCAGCGCACGCGACGAGGAAACAGUCGACUCAUCCGUGUAGGACGCCGGAAGAGGAACGCGUAGAGUCGUUAGGGGAGACGUACAUCAAAACAUCGGGGGAAGAACCGACGAAAUCAAGAGAGGAUUUAGUCAAGGGGUCGGGAGAAAACACGGAGAAGAGGGCGCAGGGUGAACACACUCCCGGGCCCGGAGAGACGCCGCCAUCAUCCCAACCCCACAGGCACAAGUCGCAUCAUUGUUUGAAAGGAAAGAAUCAGAAGCAACAAGAGAGUAAUCAUAGAAACCACAAAAGAGAUAGAGAGAAGAGGGAGAGCAAAGAUGGAAGACAUGACAGUAAGGAUGUGAUGAUAGGGAGAGUUAAUGUAGAGGAGAUAACGCAGAAGAAUCAAUUGAAAUAUAAUAAAUAUACUUCAUGUGAGAGUAAAGACGAGAAGAAUAAGAAAAUGCUCGAUAUGAAAGAGGGAGAGAAAGAAAAACAGUUUGAAAUCUCACAAGGAGGUAAUAAGCCCGACAACAAGGAUGAGAAGUGGAAUGAAAAUUGUCAACAGCACGAGAAAGAUGGGUCGGUGAAGAGUGAGGGUGGUGGACGCUACAACCGGCUAUCACUCCAGCUCGACUUAGCCGUCACCAACAUGAACAACUCGCGGAAAGUCGUGUCGUCACCUCAGCGUCCGGAAGUCCUCAAGAAUAAUCUGUUACACGGCGACGGUGAAUUGACGCACGUAAAAGGGUCGUGUCAAGACCUCACCUCACGUAACUUGGGCUAUCAAGAAGUGGACAAGUGUCAUAAACAGAUGUGUAGCCAAACACUGGACCAAGUGCAACAGCAGUCGGUGAGUCAAGGGCAGCAGUCACACGUAACGUCCAACACCAAACAGCAGCAACAUCCUCGGUCGCCCAAGAAGAAGUCGUCGCCGGGUACUGAUGUGCAGAAUGUUACCAGUAUUAUACCUUUAGAAAACGAGAAAACUGUCACGAAAGACGUCGGUGAUACGAGUCCAAACAGCAGCGUGAAGGACCCAGACAAACCCGGCAGCAGCCCAGACACGGGGGGCUUGUCGGUAAGUACGUAUCCGAGCCUCUCAGAGUUGAAUCUUAAUUUCAGCUCCUUGGCGGCCCAGAAGAUACUGUGUGGGGCGAGUGUGAACAGCAUCGACACAUUGGUGGAGGUGAACUUGGCGGCUGAGAAGCGCAACUUUGAUAAUAAUAAACACUCGGACUCGGUUACCAGUACUGACUUUGGCUUUCUAUAAGUAAGGUAUUGUGCUUUGAAUUAUUGUAUUGUAAAGAAGGAACUGGAUUUUACUAUUUAUAGACGAUGGCAUCGAUUUUGAUAUUCUCAGAUUUGGCACUGUAGUAAUUUUAAAGAUUGACCUUAUUUAUUAUAUGCUUCGGGGAAAAUAUUACAUGAGUUAUUGAGUUAAUUAAAACAACUUCUGAGAUUCAUAACAAAUGCAGAAUACCAAAUACCUGAUGAGCAGACAUUUAUACAGCCAGCUGGGCGUUCCAUCAUGAGGAUCUGAUAAUGGAAAUGAACUCUAGCAUUUAGUUUAUAUAUAUAUAUAUGUGUGUGUGUGUGUGUAUGUGAUUUCUCUGGUACAGUGAGGAUGACAAGGUACCACUGGUUUAGGCAGAGUGGUGUGUAUAGUACAGUGAGGGUGACAAGGUACCACUGGUUUAGGCAGAGUGGUGUGUAUAGUACAGUGAGGGUGACAAGGUACCACUGGUUUAGGUAGAGUGGUGUGUAUAGUACAGUGACAAGGUACCACUGGUUUAAGACAGGGAGGUCUUGAACACUUGAGGCUCACAUAGACUCACUUGAUGGAGUAUUUAUUAUCAUAUAUUUUGAACGUUUUGAUAAAUUCCCCGUUUCUGAUAUUUUGCUCUUGAAUUUGGUCAUGGUUUUGCAUCUACUCGUGUAAGUCACUCAGGGCAAAAACAAAAAGCGAAAAUCAUUUAAAAGUGCAAUUAAAGUUUCACGUUUGAAUUAUAGUUCAGCAAGUUCUCUCAUCUGUCGUCUUUAUUGCCAGCUGUUUACCGGCUUAUAAUGGCAACCAAGGUAUUUGUUUGCCCGUAAUUGAGGUAUGGCAUCUUUGUGUAAACUCAGGGACAUUUUAUCUCGGUGAAUUCAUUUAGGUUCGUCGUACUGUUGUGUCUAUUUUGUGAUGGUGCGAGUUAGUUUAGGUUGGAGGUGUUUAGGUGAUGUCCGAUUGCUUGUGUGUGUGUUCAUGCAAGUGUGAAUGUGUGAGUGCGUGUGUUUUGAGCAUGUUUGGGUGUAUGUGUCCAAGCAUAUGUGAAAAAGUGUGUGUGAGCGUGUGUGAAUAUGUGUCUGUGUGUGUGUGUCAACCCAAGCUGAACGUGACUUAUGGUGCGAGACAUCAAAAACAACACUCCGUCACGUCAAUAACUCGAGAUUGCAAUGACCAAUUGGGUUCGGAUAUGUAGGAGGCAAUUAAAGCUUGGUAAUAUUGAAGAGUGUCCGAAAGUGCUUAUGAUGUUUGGAUAGUUCCAGGCUCACUGUGACCUAGGGAUUGAGGGGAUGGGGGACAAUGUAAGGUAUGCGAUUACCUGUAAGAACAGUCUUGGUUUACAUUAAUACCAAAUUCAUGUUAUUGAAAUCGCACGUCUCAUCUUGAAACUCACUAUUGCUACGAGAUUUUCAGUUAAAUUAUUAUACAAAUGUAAUUUUAAAUUUUAUAUAUUAUUUAGAAAUAUAGCUUAUAGGUCUGCCACUGUGGAGGUUUGUGCCAAAGUACUUAAAAUUGUUUCUGUUCAUAUAGCACUUUGAGGUGUACUUUUAGUUGGUGGUAACACUGUACUGUAGUGGUAAAAAUUGUGGACUUUGUAAUGUAAAAUUUGUUAAUGUAUUUUGCACCUGAAUUAUAUUUGCAUUAAAACUAACACUAUUUUUUUGUUAUGAGUUGUAGAUUAUUUACAAUGUUAUGAAGAUUUGUUGUGUAUCUUGAGUUGUAGAAGAUGUAUUGUAACUAACAUUGUUGGUAUUUAGAGAGUUUCUGUAAUGUUAAAACAGAUGUAAUUUGCACCAUGAGUUGUAGUCUCAGUGAACUAACAAUGUUUAUAAAAAUAUAUAGAUAACUAUUAUGUAAAAAGGACCACAUGAAGAUUAGCCACCCUAGCCUAUUUCACCUGAUGAUUAAACACCUUUAAUACUCACCUAACACGACCCAUCAGGUGAUAUAAACUGGGGUGCCUAAUUUUCAUGUGAUCGUGUAAGAAUUAUGUACUGUACUGGAUGGAUUCUCCUGACAGAUCAAAGUUAUGUUGCACAGUUUGAGUAAGUUGUGCCAUACAUUGUCACAUUGGUAUUAAUACUUAACCCCUUGUGUAUCGGGGUCCCCUGUCUGCAAUAUGUUAUCAGUGCAGUGGGGAUUUUGUUUUUAAGAUUUGUACAAGUUUUAAGCAGAUAAUUAAUCAUUCAUUUUUGUGUUCUGUCAAAAUAUCUAUGGACUCUUGUUGCCUGGAUUCUGUUUCAGGUGAUGGACUCAAACUAGUUGGGUUAGGUUAGGUUUGUGACGGUUACACCUCAAGUUGAUGAACGUGGGGGAGAAAAAACACUUGAUAUUUAUCGAAUCUCAUUAAUGUUUCAACAGUUGUUUAAUUAGACCAUAUAAAAAUUCCACACCCUAGUUUAUUUCACCUGAAGAUUAAUCACCCUUACAUUGACCUAAUCUAACCCACAGAUAGCAUUAUGGGUGAUUAAUCCCCUAGUGAAAUAGACUGGGGUGGCUAAUCUUCAGGUGAUCUACAGUAUUUACAUUUCAAAACAAUAGUAAAUGGAGACUGAGGUCAAGAAAGUCACUCAGGUUUAUCUUUGCUCUCUCGUGCUACACCGUGACGCUUAUUUUGGUCGUAAUUUAGUGCCGUAUCGCUCAAUAUACAUUCAUGACAACUGCAUUUAUGUUAGGAUCCUCUCAGGUGGGGGAACUAUGUCACCCCAUGCUGUUGGGGGUGGUGCGAGGUCCAUGGAUUUAUUGCACUUGUUACUUUCGCACACUUUGCCAUGGGGUCUUAUUGUGUGUGUGUGUUUGGGAUGUGGGGUUUGUGUGUUUGUAGGGAGUGUGUAUGGAGGGAUGUGGAGUUUGUGUGGGGUUGGGGGUGUGUAGGGAUGUGUAUGUAUGUGCGUGUAAGGAUGUGUGUCUGUGUGUAACGCCACUAGAUCAAACUAAGCUAUAGUCUCGAGCUUUGCCACAAUGCUGCCUUAUACGGGAGCCUCAAGUGUGUUCAAUCGUCAGUAUUUUUCCCUCCAUGACUUUGCCAAAUCACGGCCACUUUAGUUCUCCGUGUGUUUAUGACUUUCCUCCAUUGCGGUGAUUCUGGGUACGGUACACCUUGCUUCAUAACAGUGUGGGUUAUGUGAUGUUGAGUUCACUUAACCCUAUGUGUAUUGGGUCCUCUCUCUACUGAAUAAAAUCGUCCGGUGUUAGCCAAAGAAAACAUUAAAAGUAGCGUCUCGAUAGUGAAGUGGUUAAAAUAUAAAUGAUUUUCCGCUUAAAUGACGUAUUUCUUGAAGUCAUUAUGGCAUUAUGUGACUUAAGCCGUUGUGAAUGUCAGAUGUAUAUGACACCUCUGUAUAGUAUGUCCAAUAUCAUCGCCAUGAGGGAAAGUUAUCCACAUCUCCAGUACAGAACCUGGAUCUACUGGGGCUCUUGAUAUAUUAUGGAUAAAUCAGUGCAUUUACUACGAUCAUAUAUUGCUCAGUAAUCCUGCAUUUGUUAAUUUUUGUUUCAUAACUCACUUGUUAAUUAUGCUAGAUAGUUCACUUGUUUAUUUUAUUAGUGCACCUGUUAAUUUAUCUCCACUUAAAACAAUAUUUAUUUUACUAUGCCGACUGUGUUUUGUGACUGCUGUUUGACCCGACUGUCUAAAUUGUCACUCAGUCUGCCAGUCACUCUCCUUAGGACUGAGGAAUCACAGCAUAUAUCAUGGUACACACCUUUCUUGAUUACUCACUACGUCGACCCAAUGUAGAUUUUUUCUUCCUGUCUGUGUGUGAGUAGCCCUUACUUCUAUUACAUGAAUGAGAAUCCUAUACAGUAUUUGAUCUGGUUAAUAUCUCUCCUGUUGUUCUUUUGUGAGGUUUAUCUAUUAUUAAUAUUCCUCAUCGCUUAUCUGAGAGUGGAGGAAAGACGUCUACAUUCAAUGCAACGUUUAUGUCAUUCCUCUCGUCAUGUUCUCACCUGGAGUGCCUCAUUCUCCAGGUGUGAGAGACUCUUGGUUUGACUCGACCAAUCGCAACACCUGAUGUAAGACUCGACCAAUCUCAACGCCUGAUGUAAGACUCGACCAAUCUCAGCACCUGAUGUAAACAUUAUUCAUGUAUCACUUCACCUUGAUAUGAUUGAUGUAUAAGCCAACAUGAGGAGUACACUACACAUGGUAUCUGUAUUCAAGAGAAGAUAUUCCAAUUGAUAUUUUAGUAUUAGACAAGAAAACAUUCCAUAACUAUUUGAUGUGGAGUAAUAUUCUGUCUGGGGUUUUAGGAAGAUUAUGAGAAUAUUUGUUAGAUUCGAGGUGAGUGAAUAUAAGGUUAAAAUAAACACAGGUUAUGAAAAUGUCUUUGAAGUGACUAGAUGAUAUUAAUGUUAAAUUUAAAGAGGAAAGUAAUUUAUAUAUUGAUAAUUACUUACAUUUUAGGAACAUUUAAUGGCAAAUUACUUAAGGAUUUUGAUUGUUUGAUGGAGGUAAUUAGUCCUAGUUAACUAUAUCACAGCUUUGUGUAAUGGUAUUAAUUGGUGUCAUCUGGGAAACACAGGAAACAGUAUAUACAGUAUUGGGUUCAGUAGAAAAAAUUGUGCCAAAUUUGUACUUACCAUUGUUAAGAAAAUAUUAUAUUUAUUAUAUAUGUGUUGUCUUGUGCAGUACUAUAACAGGAAAAAAGAGCUAAUUUAUAUUAGACGUAAGUAAUUUAAACACAGGCGUCGGAACAGAGGAAGAUGUACAGCCACCUAGGAAGCAUCUGUCACCUCUCCUCCUGAACCACGAACCCCCAAGAUUCAGACUCGUGAAUCCGAAGCAUUUAUGGGUAGAAUAAUGCAUGGACGUCUACUGCUUCGUAUGAAUCUGAAUCUCGGGGUUUGUGGUUCAAGAGUAGAGAUGACAGGACUUGUGGGUGACUGAUUGACUGACUGUACUAUAGGUCCACUCUCCGGACUGACUGUACUAUAGGUCCACUCCCCUGAUUGACUGUACUAAAGGUCCACUCUCUUAUGACUGUAAUUCUCAGCAGUUAUUUCCUCCAACAGGGCUAGGCAUCUUGACCCCUUCAGUGCUAUGAUUUAACCCUGUGGUGUAAUCUAACCCUUGCGGAAGAUCAGUUAAUACUUGAGAGAUAUGAUAUUGUACUCGAGGGGUUAAGUCAUCAUACUCAAGGGACUCAAGAGGUUAAUUCGUCACACUCAAGGGGUUAAAUCGUCACA